AUGGUAAACUGUGCGCUAAACACUUGUAUAUAUAGAGAGAGAGACGUCGUUCCGCCGGCAGCCGUGCAUCAGCCGGUGGCAGCGCCUUCGCCCCCGGCGGCUUGCCACUUCACCGCCCCAAACUCCACCACCCCCUCCGCCCCCGCCGCCGCCCCGGCCGCCACCGCCGCUAAUACUCCCCCAGGGAGACACACGCAGAAGGGCCGGGAAGGGCGGUGUUCAGAGGCGGUGGCGGCGCGCAGGUGCCACGUGGCAGGGCCGCAGCCCUGGCAGCGAGCCCUGGCAGCGCAAGAACCGCUGCCUCCGCCGCUGCCAACGCCCGCGGCAGAUAAGCCGCUCCGCAAGAAGACGUCUCCCUAUCCUCGUGCUCAAAACGCCGCGGCGCUGGGCGUCAAGAACGGGCUGCCGCGGCGACUGCGCACCGCCUACACCAACACGCAGCUGCUGGAGCUGGAGAAGGAGUUCCACUUCAACAAGUACCUGUGCCGGCCGCGGCGCAUCGAGAUCGCCGCCUCGCUGGACCUCACGGAGCGGCAGGUGAAGGUGUGGUUCCAGAACCGCCGCAUGAAACACAAGCGGCAGACGCUCAGCAAGGCGGGCGGCGGCGCCGGGGGCGACAGCGACGCCGACAGCGCAGCGGUGAAGCAGGAGUCGGCGGCCGCCGCGGGCAAGACGCCCCCGCCGCCCACGUCGCUGCUGGUGUCCACCAAGCGGGAGACCGUCUCCGUGCUGGACUCUGCGGCGCUGACGCCCGCCUCCACGCCCAGUCCCGGGGGCGGCGGGGGCGGAGCCGGGGGAGGGGUGCCCGGGGGUGGAGCCUACGGCCGGCCGCAGAGCGGGGUGCCGCCCCCCGGCGUGCUGAGGGGCGCCGUGGCCGCCGCCGCCGCUGCCCAGCCGUGCUUCAGCCCCCAGAGGCUCUACCAGGACAACAACCCCUUCCUCAGGCAAUACCCUCGACCGAACGGCAUGCAUCCGUCGCCACGGGGAACCACGUCUGGGGGCGUGAGGACGGUAGGCAGUGGUGGGGGUGUGGUGGUGAACCCAGCCUACCAGGCCCCACAGCCACCCCCACAGCCGCCCCCACAACAGCAGCCUCCCCCGCCGAUGCAGCCUCAGCAGGGUCUGCCCCACCACCAGUACCACGCUCUGCCCGCGCACCAGUCCGGGGGCGGCUACACCAGCUACAACGGCUAUCAGCCCGAGGCCACUGCCGGCUACGCGGGCUACCGGCAGCACCAGCACCACCACAACUACCCCCACCACGACCAGUACACGGCGGCCGCGUACGCCGCCGGGGUCUACGCCGACGGGGGCGGUGCCUACAACCCGGAGAGCGUUCACCACCAGCACAUGGUGCACCACCAGACUGGGCCAGAGUACUACCACGACGGCAUGCACCACCACCAUCACCACCACCACGCCCACCCGCACCAGCACCACCAGCCGCAGCAACAGCAACAGCAGCACCAGGCCGGCCCCAUCGUAGCGCAGCACCAAUCCUUUGUGCAGCAUCCCCACCACCAGCACCACCAACUGAACCACGGGCAGCAGCAGCUCGAGUACGGCAAGCACCAGCAGCAGCACCACCACUACUACGAGCACCACCAGCACCAAGGGCACCACCUCGUGCACCAGGGGGGCGACGCUUCCACCAUCCCGUCCAAUUUCGUCUCGUCGCCCGACCCUUUCCCCUUGACCAACGCCAACUCCAACGGCACUGCCAACGGCGCCAGCAACAACAACAACAACAACCCCGGCACGCCCAACAACAACAGCAACAACGGCGGCAGCAACCAGACGACGCCCAAUGGCGCGCCCCCGACGCCGGCGUCGGCGUCUUCCGCGACGAUCAUGACGCCGCCCACCAGCGUCCACCCCUCGGAGGGCUCCGGAGAGAGCGGCGGCUUCGGCACUGGAGGCGGCGGGGGCGGCUUCCACCAUUUCUACAGCGAACCGCCUCCAGAGAGCAGCAACAGCUCGGCCGAUUUCAACUUCCUGAGCAACCUCGCCAAUGACUUUGCCCCCGAAUACUACCAACUGAGCUGAAGCCUACGCUCUGUGGACUGAAGACUCCGUGUGUCGAACAUUUCUGCAGCUGCCGUCCGGCGGACAGCUUCAAUAACUGGAAAAUGGCAGCUGAUCCAGCAGCUUCCCCAACUUCGCCCCAGAGUAUUUCCAGCAAAGCUGAAAGUUAUGCUCUACUGAAGUUACGAGGCUGUGUGUCGGUGGUUGCCUCAACUGCCCAGUGACGAAUAGCUUUAAUUACGCAUUGAUGAUGCCACUACAGUCGUUCAUCACUCAGAAAUUGUUACGAACCCGACACGCUUUUUAGAUGAACACUACUAUACUGGAUAUGGAGUUGUUUUCCCAUUGCCUUAACGAACUAGAGGGCUCCUCGCGUUUCUCAGAAUUUUACCUGUGAUCUAAAUGAAGUUGAAUUAUUAGCGUGUGUGAAGCAUGCUUUUAAAAUCAAUGCGAAGGUGUCAAAAAGUUCAACAGUCGCAAACGUUCUUUAUCUGACCUCAAAUUGAC